AUCCCCAAAAUCAAUCGGAUACGACUCAAGACGCCAAAGACACUACCGGUAGCCUACGGUCCAACGAAUGCUAUUUUAUCCAAGUCGAUUUUGUUUGUUUGAGGAGGAUGCUGGUGACUUUUGGCGCCUCACUUGGAACAAAGAAGAACAAUAAUACUUGACAACAAAGGGGAGAGAUACAAUUUGAACUGUUUGAUUUGGAGACCGGUGUCAGAAAUAAGGAAGAUAUCAAAGGACAUAGGCUACACAGGAGCAACUGCACUGUAUGAAAUUGCAUGGUACUUUUUCUUUGUGUUUCUUUUUGCACAAGUCGGAAAACAGGCUAUAAGGUGUUAAUUGCCUUAGUGUAUUUUGGAAACGGAAAUGUCGAGCUGGUCUCUUAUUAAUGUAAAGGUGCUUUGUUAGUUUCAAUCUAGCUACGAGGGCGGCUAUUUUUGUUCAUACCGUUCUCUUCUAGUCUUAAAUUCCGUGUUCGGUGAGUGCUAUCGUGAUGCUGCUGUCAUAAAGUAGGAUUUUCAUUUUUCUCCGAACUGAGUUUUUAUAUCAAUAGCCAAUUCGAGUGUUUCGUUGCUACACGAGUAGCCUAUAUAUAGACACCAAACCAUUGUGACAGUAGCACAGAAUAUAGGCUACUCAAACAUCAUCAGUGCUACCUAACCAAAGCUGCAGGCACUGCGUCCCGACACUGAAGCGUACCAGCCACUACAGUAACCCAGCUGUCGUAAGGAUUCAACAACUCCAUCAGCACGAUGAGUGAUGGACCAAGGCAACGCGGGAGCGCGGCUUCGGCGUCAGGAGACGCGCAGUCAGACAGCGGGAAGGACUCCGGUGGCGCAGUGGCCCUGAAGAAGGAGAUCGGGCUCGUUAGUGCCUGUGGCAUUAUCGUAGGUAACAUUAUCGGAUCAGGGAUCUUCGUGAGCCCCAAGGGGGUUCUGGAGAACGCCAGCUCAGUGGGCUUGGCUCUGAUCGUUUGGAUUGUCACUGGCAUCAUCACUGCCAUUGGCGCACUCUGCUACGCCGAGCUGGGCGUCACCAUCCCCAAGUCUGGAGGUGACUACUCUUACGUCAAGGACAUCUUCGGGGGCCUGGCCGGAUUCCUGAGGUUGUGGAUCGCCGUGCUGGUCAUCUACCCCACCAACCAGGCAGUCAUCGCCCUCACCUUCUCUAACUACGUGCUGCAGCCCCUCUUCCCCACCUGUUUCCCUCCAGAGAACGGCCUGCGUCUGCUGGCAGCAGUCUGCCUGUUGUUGCUGACAUGGGUGAACUGUGCCAGCGUGCGCUGGGCGACGCGCGUCCAGGACAUGUUCACCGCAGGGAAGCUCCUCGCCCUGGCACUCAUCAUCAUCAUGGGCAUCGUGCAGAUCUGCAAGGGUAAAGUUUACUGGCUGGAACCGGCCCAUGCCUUCGAGCCUUUCCAGGAGUACGAUGUGGGCUUGAUUGCCCUCGCGUUCUUACAGGGCUCCUUCGCCUAUGGGGGCUGGAACUUCCUCAACUACGUGACUGAGGAGCUGGUUGACCCAUAUGUGAACCUACCUCGUGCCAUCUUCAUCUCCAUUCCUCUGGUCACGUUUGUUUACGUCUUUGCCAACAUCGCCUAUGUCACCGCCAUGAGUCCACAGGAACUCUUGGCGUCCAACGCUGUUGCUGUGACAUUUGGAGAGAAGCUGCUGGGAGUGAUGUCAUGGAUUAUGCCCAUCUCUGUGGCUCUGUCCACCUUCGGAGGGGUCAACGGGUCCCUCUUCACCUCGUCCCGGUUGUUCUUUGCGGGGGCAAGAGAGGGCCACCUCCCCAGCCUGCUAGCCAUGAUCCACGUCAAACGCUGCACCCCCAUCCCAGCUCUCCUAUUCACUUGCCUGUCCACUCUGCUCAUGCUGUGCACCAGUGACAUGUACACUCUCAUUAACUAUGUGGGCUUUAUCAACUACCUCUUCUACGGGGUCACAGUUGCUGGCCAGAUCGUCCUGCGCUUCAAAGAGCCAGACAUACACCGACCAAUCAAGAUCAGCCUGAUCUGGCCAGUGAUCUACCUGCUGUUCUGGGCCUUCCUGCUCAUCUUCUCGCUGUACUCGGAGCCUGUGGUCUGUGGCAUCGGCCUGGCCAUCAUGCUCACCGGCGUCCCCGUCUACUUCCUGGGCGUGUACUGGGACAACAAGCCACAGUGCUUCAACUCCUUAGUUGGUAAGAUGACGUACGUCGGGCAGAAGUUCUGCUUGGUGGUCUACCCUGCGGAGGACCACAAAGACGACGACGCGGGGGUCGAGCUGAAGGAGGAGAAGUCGCCUCUGUCCGGGGAGGAUGGAGAAACGCAGAAGUCCGACUGCUAAAUGGCCAGCCGCCAUUCUGUUCAUUUACUUGUUCACCUACAACACUGCAAAGCACCGCCAGUAGUACACUUGUCUUUUUAACACUGAAUCGACACCCGUGAUUGACACACAGAUGGGGAGGGACCGGUAAAGAGGACUGAGAGUCUCGUUUUUUGGGGGGUGUGGGGAAGAGCUGGACACUAACCAGCUGAUCUUCUCAUUGAAUACACUACCUCUCAGGGGUCCCUGCUCCCCAACACCCUCUAGUAGCUCUGAAUGUGACAGUCAGGUCCUCACAUUUA